CUUGAAGAUAGGAAUGUACUAACAUGAUUUUAAUAUUUCGAUACAUUUGUGCAUUAAUCGCCUACAUUAAAUUAAAAUAUUUUAUGGGUUGUAUCAUCUGAAUUGACAGAAUAUUUAUUUACGAUUAAAGACUAUAAAAAACCAUUUUUUAUAACAUAUAUGAAUUCAUUAUGCCUCUCAUUUUCUUAUCUGGCUAAAAUAUCUUUUGAUGUUAUAUGUAAUUUAUAUUUUUAUGUCAAUAACUUUUAUCGUAGAAAGAAAUAUAAUUUAAACAAAAUAAAUACAAACAAUUAUACCUAUAUUGAAUGUAAUUCUCGUCAAGUGAUUGCUGAUGAAGAUUUAAAAGAAUAUCAAAAUUCUAGUUUCUUAAAAAAUGAUGAAUAUAAAAAUAUUAAUCAUAUAAUUGACAAUGAAACUGAAGAUUUACUGAUUAACCAAACUUUUAAUCCUAAAAUUUCAGAAAAUAAAUUAAAUUUCCUUAUAAUGAAUAAAGAUAUCUUAAAAGUAUCAUCAUUUUUAGCCAUUCUAUAUUUUAGUCAAAAUUAUUCUUAUUCUUUGGCAUUAUCAUUUACUUCACCAUCUUUAGUAAAUGUAUUAUCCUCUACAUCCAGUCUAUUUGUUUUAUUAUUUGAUUCAAUCAUAAAAUAUACAAAAUCUAAAAAUAAUAGUAUUGGUGACUUUCAAUCCUACAAAUGUGAAAGAUUUUGUUUUUAUAAAUUAUUAUACUCACUUUUAAGUGUAUCAGGUGUUUUGCUAAUUAGCUUUUCAAAUACUAAAUUAGACUUAAAAAGAAUGAAUAAUUCAACUGAUAAAAACAGCAUUCAAAUCCAACAAUUUUAUUUAGUUAAUAUCACAUCUAACCAGGCCAUCGUAGAUAUACCUCUUUAUUGCUCAUAUAAUGAUUUCAACCAAUCCUCAGUCUUAAAAGGUGCUGUAUUUUCAUUGAGUGGAGCAAUUAUUUAUUCAUUGUAUUGCUUAUCUUUCCAACUUUUUAAAGGAUCUAAUUGUGAUAUACGUUUCUUUAUCAGCAUUAUUGGUGUAUGGUCACUUUUUCUUUUAUGGCCUUUAUUUUCCAUAUUAAAUUUUUUUUGUAUUGAAAUAUUUGAAUUACCUUCUUCUCUUAUUCAAUGGAUAAUUAUCAUAUUUAAUGGGUUAAUUGGGUCUAUGCUGACUAGCAUUAUAUAUAUUAUUGCUAAUAUAUACACUUCCCCAUUAAUAAUUACUUUAGGCACUACCUUAACCAUACCAAUGACCAUUUUAUAUGACAUUGUUUUUUCCCAUUUACACUUUUCAAUAUUAUUUUACAUGGGAACAUUAAAUAUAUUGAUAUCUUUCAUUGGAACUGCAUUUCUAAUAUGAUUUUAUAUUUAUUCCUUUAUAUAAACAUAUUUCAAAUAAGUAUUGAUUAUACAAUUUUUUUUACAACUGUAUAUUGUUAUACUCAGAGAUCUGCAAUACUAAUUUUUAUUUUAAAAUAAUUUAAUUUAAUUGGUAGAUAUCAUGUCUUGCAAAGAUUUAUAUUAUAUAUCAUGAAGAAGAAGAAAAAAUGUUUUUUUUAAACUUUAUUUAAAGUCUCAAUAAUAUAUAGUUGAAUAUUCUUUAAAAUUUAAUUUAUCAAGAAAAUAUUAUAUAAUAAUUA